CUGACUCUGCAGCCCCGCCUUCAAACACUGGACUCCGCUGCUCAGAGAAACUGACUGCUGCUGUCUGUCAGGCUGACUGAGGACCGACCAACUUUACACAACAGUCCAGGAGCGAAGACACUGGAAGGAAGAAGAGUUUGAUUGAGAUGUGAGACCGGGCAUGACGGUGCGAGCCAAGCUGAGGGUGUAGCCACAUCUGGCAGAGACUGCUGAAGCAAGCAGGAGCCUCAGCACACCAAAUCAUCUACUGCUGCGGGGGAAGAUGGGAGAGACAGAGGAGGAGAGCGACAAUGUGGAGAAGCUGUUUGAUAACUUCGUCCAGGCCUCGACCUGUAAGGGAACCCUUCAGGCCUUCAACGUCCUCUGUAGGAAGCUGGACCUGGACCCUGCGGACAAUGACACCUUCUACAGCAGUCUUAAGGCAAAGGUCACCUACUGGAAGGCCAAAGCACUGUGGAGUAAGCUGGACAAGAGGAUGUCCCAUAAGGAAUACAAGAAAGGCCAAGCUUGUGUGGGCACCAAGUGCCUCAUCAUCGGAGGAGGUCCCUGCGGCCUGCGGACAGCCAUCGAGCUCGCUUUGAUGGGCGCCAAAGUGGUGGUGAUUGAGAAGAGAGAUUCCUUCUCUAGGAACAACGUGCUGCACCUUUGGCCCUACACCAUUCAUGACCUGCGAGGCCUCGGGGCCAAAAAGUUUUAUGGCAAAUUCUGUGCCGGGGCCAUAGACCACAUCAGCAUUCAGAAGCUGCAGCUGGUCCUGCUGAAGGUCGCCCUGAUCGUUGCGGUGGAGUUCCACAUCAAUGUGGAGUUUGUCAAACUGUUGGAACCUCCGGAGGAUCAGGAAAAUGAAGGGCUUGGGUGGAGGGCUGCAAUCCGACCAGCUGAUCACCCUGUGGCUAACUUUGAGUUUGAUGUCGUGGUGGGGGCUGACGGACGCAGGAACACUCUGGAAGGUUUCAAAAGAAAGGAGUUCAGGGGGAAGCUUGCCAUUGCCAUCACUGCCAACUUCAUCAACAGGAACACCACCGCGGAGGCCAAAGUGGAAGAAAUCAGCGGUGUGGCCUUUAUCUUCAACCAGAAGUUCUUCCUUGACCUCAAAGAGGAAACAGGUAUCGACCUGGAGAACAUUGUCUACUACAAGGACAACACACAUUACUUUGUCAUGACUGCCAAGAAACAGAGCCUGCUGGACAAGGGGGUCGUAAUAAAUGAUUACGUAGACACCCAGAUGUUACUGAGCAGUGAAAAUGUCAACCAGGAAGCUCUUCUGUGCUACGCCCGAGAAGCUGCUGACUUUGGCACCAACUACCAACUUCCCACGCUGGAUUUUGCCAUGAACCACAGCGGGCAGCCAGAUGUAGCAAUGUUUGACUUCACAAGCAUGUACGCCUCUGAGAACGCUGCUCUGGUCAGGGAGAGAUUUGGACACCAGCUGCUGGUAGCGCUAGUUGGCGACAGUCUGCUAGAGCCCUUCUGGCCCAUGGGGACGGGCUGCGCCAGAGGCUUCCUGGCUGCCUUUGACACGGCCUGGAUGGUAAAAAGCUGGGCUCAGGGUCGCACGGCUCUGGAAGUGCUGGCGGAGAGGGAGAGUAUUUACAGGCUACUUCCACAAACCACAACUGAAAACAUUGCUAAAAACUUUGACCAGUACACCAUAGACCCUGGGACUCGAUACCCCAACCUCAAUUCCUCUUGUGUCCGGCCACACCAGGUGCGUCACCUGUACAUUAGCACAGAGCUGAAUUCCUGCUCUCUGGAGCGUUCUGCUACCAUACGUCGGCCUGUCAAUCUCUGCAGACGAGAGUCAGAGAUUAGACCGGCGAGGCUUCUCACCUGGUGCCAGAAGCAGACGGAGGGCUACAGGAAUGUGAUGAUUACAGACUUGACGUCUUCCUGGAAAAGUGGCAUCGCUCUCUGCGCCCUCAUCCAUAAGUUCAGACCGCAGCUGAUAGAUUUUGACUCAUUAAACGAGGAAGACCACACUGCAAAUCUGCAGCUGGCUCUUGACAUCAGUGAGCGUGAAUUUGGGAUCAAAUCAUUCACAGCUGUGAAGGAGCUGAGCGCCGACCAGGAGCUGGAUAAGACCAAGAUGAACGCCUACCUGUCCAAGUUCUACGAGCUGUUCCGGGGCACACCUCUACCUGCCUCAGGCUCCAGAGGAGUGGAUGAAAACAAUGAAGAUUAUCCGUCUAAGGAAGUCAGGAGUAAUAAUAAUGUGCUCAAUCUUGCACUGCCUAGGAAACGGGUACCAAAGGAUGAGAAGAAGUCAGACGGUACAGAUCCCAUUCACAAAAGGAGGCGGAAAUUCUGCAGUUAUCUGGAGGAGGCCACCAAUCUGUCAAGUAAUGGCUCCGCUGUGCGAGAGGAUCGAGAACCCAAAGAAAACAAAGUGCGCUCAAUGGCUACUCAGCUGCUGGCCAAGUUUGAAAGCACACCGAGCUACACCGUCCGGAGAACACAGUCAGACUAUGAGGAGUCCUCCCCACUGAAAACUCUUGAACUGGCUGAGAGGGUGCACGUUAAACGCAGGCCUCCGGUGCCGCCUAAACCUCCUCCUGAGAAGCAGUUUGAAGUAAGUAUCAGAAAAGCAGCAACACAGUUAGUGCGCCCGCCUCCAAAGACUCUGCCUAAACCCCAGCCUCAGUCCCAGCAUCCAUUUUCUGUAGUGAAGCUCAGACAUGUUGAUCAAACGCACGCUGAGACGGAGCCCGAGCCUCAGUCGGAAAGUGCAGACCCCCCUGCUUCUACUCAUUCCUGCCACUCAGCAAUCCAUUUCAUGACAAGAGUCCUCCAGCGCCUCAGGGAGGUGGAUGAAUACGUCUCUGAGAAAAAAGCUCAGACACAACAGGCUAGAGAGUUUCAAUCAAAGAGUAUAAAGGAAAAGGCUGUUCACCUCACUGGGUUGUUCUCAGCAGAAAGCUCUGCUGCACUCAAGGGCGGUUCAUUCCGUAGGCCGUUCCCCCCGUCAGGUGACAAGUGUCACUCAUGCGAGAGGCGUGUUUAUAUGGUGGAGAGGGUCUGUGCCGAGGGGCUCUACUUCCACAGGGAGUGUUUUCGCUGCUCUACCUGCAGCUCUGCCCUGCGACAGGGAGCGCACGCCUUCGACUCUGAACAGGGGAAGUUGUACUGCAAACUUCAUUUUGAUCAACGUAACAAUGGGACAACCCUACGGAGGAAUUUUUCUCUACGCUCAAACCGUUAUGGAGCUGGACUUCAGGAGCAAUGUGCUGCCGACGGACAGAUCUCCGAGUCCAGCAGCACAGAAGACCUGCAGAGCCAAUCCUCAGCAGGUACCUUCAGCUCGUUCAUGAAGAAACACCUGAGCUGGCCCCUGAGUGUGACUCGUGCUGUGUGUAAUGCCCCGCGCUAUCUGUCCCACCGUGUGCGUAGCACAGCACAGGCCCUCGCCGGCCACCUGAGGGACAAUGCCCAGGACUAUGCAUACCUGUAUGAGCUACUGAGCAUGAGCUUGCCCCUGCUGCUUGUUUUACAAGAGGUACUGCUGCAGAUGCACACAGAGGCUGUGUCUGAUGGGCCCAGUUCUCUGCAGCCUGUACUGCUGUGGCUGCAGGAGCACAUAGGGCACAGGCUCAUCUAGAUACUCAGCAGACCCCAGUUUGUAAUAUUUAACCCUGUGGUGCACAUCAGCAGGACUGUUCUUGUCAUAAUAUCAUUUGUAGCCGUGCACACGCACCUUUGUAAUGUUUACUUGCCUGUUUUUGCAUCAGCCAAAGAAGAGACACUGUAGGUUGCUCAUGCAACUUACUGCAAUUUACUACAGGGGGGUCAAUGAAAGCUGCACCAAAUAUUUUUUUGCAGUGGGUUUGAUGUGGAAACAUUAUUUGUAGGGUUAGAAUAAGUUGAAUAGAUUUAGGAUAGUUAAAAUGCAGAUGAAACAGGCCAGUCGGUGCAUUAAAGACUUGAGACUGCUGAAAUAAUCAUUGCUGUAGAACUCAACCUUUUACAAACUGUCUUGGAAAAAAGAUCCUGCAGUUAAAGUUUCUUAACUCAGGUUAUGACUGACUCACUCGAUGCACUUUACCUUUGGGAACUGCCUUGUCGAAGCAGCAGUAAACUGUCACACUAUAAAAGCCUGCUCAUGUUAACGCUGACCGCCAGACAGGUUUUCUUUUGACGAUGCAUAUGUGCUCCUGCCAUAUGUUUUCUCUUACAUAUAUAUAUAUAUUAAUAUGCAUGUAUGUGUGUUUUACGCACAUCGACAAGUUGCUCAUUAUCUUUUUAUACUCUGACUACUCAGUUUACUUUCAUGAACAGUUUUUAUUGAUAUGGAUAACACCAAAGAAUCUCUCUGCUCUGGUGAGUUUCCUUCUCAGUAUUUAGUUCUACUUUGCUGCCAUCUACUGUCGACUCUCAGAAGAACCAUGAAGGCAAAAUGAGAUGCCCCACCCCUUCUUUUUUUUAACCUCUCCCUUUAUAACAUUACACAUCAUUAUGUUUUAAAUAUUUGACUGAUGAUUUUCUGAUUUACUGUAGACAAUAGAAGCUGGUGAGCACGCUGUGAUGUGUUUGAAUGUGCUUGCCACUCUUGCCAUUGUUUCAAAGCAUGUUGUUGGAAGGUCGACUGGAAGCCUCGCCGUUGCUUCCUGUUCAGAUACACUAUCUAAUGAUGCUGAUGAAGCACUUUAGAGUUUCAGAGUGUUUUGUUUUUCUUUUUAAGAUAUAUUUUAACAAUGAGAUGUGCAAAGACUUCAGGCAUUAUUUUGUGUAUGUGUUUACAGCAUGAUGUGCUGGACAUGCAACAUGAUGUUUGUGUUUUGUUGUCAGCUACCUAAUGUUUCAUGUUGAAUUACUGAAUCUGCUGCAUGUAAUCUGAGCUGGUUUACAGUGUUUUAAGAUACCAAAGAAUUGUUCUCAUACACACUGACUGGACUUGUGUGACAUUAACUUCCUACAUCUGUGUGACAAGACGACAAUCAUGCAAACUGUAACACACGUGUAAA